AUGAGAGCGCUCGCUCAAGCCGCGUGCGCGGCCUUCCUGGGCGCAGUGGCGUGUGCCUUGCAAGGCUGCGGAGAGCCGGGGCCCGCACCUUCCCCUUCGCCAGCACCCUCAGGGGAUGGAGGGGAGACGGGUGCGCCUGCGGGCCGCUUCGAGAACUGGAUUUUGGGCCUGAUGUGGCAGCCGGCAUGCUCCUUGCCCGAUUGCGGCAGCGACAAGAGGGUCCUGAAGCACCUGUCCAGCAGCUCCUAUGCGGCUGAACACCUAAGCCUUCAUGGCCUUUGGCCCGAGUACGAUCCUUCGCUGCACCACAAUCUCAGCUGGCCCCAGUUCUGCAAAGGGCCUGUGGGCUCUUUUGAGAAGUGUGAGGCUUCCGAAAGGGACCCGCUUUGCCGCCCACCUCGCGACGCCUUGGCGAAGUACAACACCACGGCAGACUGGCAGACCUUCGCACUGGGGUACGCCUGGGGCGGCCUCUCAACGCACGAGUGGAGCAAGCACGGCAGCUGCACCGGCUGGAACGCCUCCUACUACUUCGAGGUGGAGAUCAGCACCUACAAGCGGGCGCUCAAGUUACCUGGGCCUCUAUUCAUUGAGUCAAAAGUCGGGAAAAAGGUUUCCCAGAAGCAGCUGCUGGCCGCCUUCGGCGGGACCGCAACCUUCGGCUGCCACCGGUGCAUGCUCACAGAUAUCUUCCUGGCCUUUGCUGCAGACAAUGCAACGCUACUGCCCCUCGGAGUUGCGAAUAGUACAGAUCCUGACCUCCUCGGCUCCUGUGCAGUAUGCUCUCACAUCGAGGUGCUGGCGUGGAAAGGCUGUCCAACUCCACCCCCGCAGACAGAGCCAAGGGGCCUUGUCGUGUGA